GCCAAAGUUGCCGUGUUGCUGUUGAGCGCCAAGAGGGAAAGGGAGCACGUAUUUCUCCGGGGGACCCGCCUCCUACUGGUGGCUGAGACAUGGGCGACUGGAGUUUCCUGGGGAACAUCCUGGAGGAGGUGAAUGAGCACUCCACGGUCAUCGGCCGGGUGUGGCUCACCGUCCUCUUCAUCUUCCGCAUCCUCAUCCUGGGCACGGCGGCCGAGUUCGUGUGGGGGGACGAGCAGUCGGACUUCGUGUGCAACACCCAGCAGCCGGGCUGCGAGAACGUCUGCUACGACCAAGCCUUCCCCAUCUCCCACAUCCGUCUGUGGGUGCUGCAGAUCAUCUUCGUGUCCACGCCGUCGCUCGUGUACGUGGGCCACGCCGUGCACCACGUGCGCGUGGAGGAGAAGCGGAAGGAGCGCGAGGCGGAGGGGCUGUGCCUGCAGGUGGCGGGCGACGGAGGCGACAGGCUGCCCCUCCCCGCGGAGCAGGGCACCAUCACGAAGAGCAGCAGCAGCAGCAGCAAAGGCCCCAAGAAGUUCCGGCUGGAGGGGACCCUGCUGAGGACCUACAUCUGCCACAUCAUCUUCAAGACCCUCUUCGAGGUGGGCUUCAUCGUGGGCCACUACUUUCUGUACGGCUUCCGGGUCCUGCCCCUCUAUCGCUGCAGCCGGUGGCCCUGCCCCAACGUGGUGGACUGCUUCGUGUCACGGCCCACCGAGAAAACCGUCUUCAUCCUGUUCAUGUUGUCUGUGGCUUCUGUGUCCCUCCUCCUCAAUAUUGUAGAGACGAGCCACCUGGGCCUGAAGACCAUCCGGGCUGCCUUCAAGGGGCCUGUGGAGCAGCCGCUGGGGGAGACCCCCGAGAAGCCCCUCCACUCCAUUGCUGUCUCCUCCAUUCAGAAAGCUAAUAAGGGCUACCAGCUCCUGGAGGAAGAGAAAAUCGUGUCCCACUAUUUCCCUUUGACCGAGGUCGGCAUGGUGAACGCCAGCCCGCUGUCUGCCAAGCCUUUCAGUCAGUUCGAGGAGAAGUUGGGCACAGGACCCCUUGGGGACCUGUCCCUGGCUUACCAAGAGACACUGCCUUCCUACGCUCAGGUGGGGGCACAGACAGUGGAGGGGGACCAGCAGCCUGCAGAGGAGGGAGCAGAACCCAAGGCGGAGGAGAAAGGGCAGGAAGCAGAGAGAGUGAGCAGCGAAGGGCAGGAGACCAUGGCCGUCCUGGAGGGGGAGAAAGGGGAAACCCCUGGAGUGGGAAAGGACGGUGAGAAAGAAGAACCACAGGCGGAGAAGGUGACAAAGCAAGGGCUGCCAGCUGAGAAGGCACCUUCCCUGUGUCCAGAGCUGACAGGGGAUGACACCAGAGCUCUGAGCAGGCUGAGCAAAGCCAGCAGCAGGGCCCGGUCGGACGAUCUCAUGGUUUGAAGUGGUGCCAAAGAAAGAAAGAAAAGAGGAAGAAAACAAAAAAACAAACAAACAAACAAACAAACAGAAAAACACCAGAGCUGACAUACAGGGCAAGAUGAAAGGAAAAGAUGCCAACAUAUUUGAGCCUUCGGUCCCUUCCCUCACACCCACCUCUGGAGGGACAGGCGUGCUGUGGCGCAUGCUGUACAGCUAGGAAACUGUCUUCCCCAUACACAAGGGAUACUGAAAUGAACCCAUCCCAUCAAAGUAUGACUGGCCUGCCCCUCUACCCCAACGGCUCUGGCGGACUCUGCGUUCAUCCCCUUUUUUCCAAAGAAGUCCUUCUGAUCAGAGUUGCAAUUGCCUGAUUGCUUUUCACUAGUCCUGUCUCAAGCUCACUAACUCAGCCAGACUUUGUCACCCAGGCCUUCCCUAGCAGACGCCAUGUGACCAUAUAUCAGGGAUCUCAAACGCAAAUGCCUAAAGGGUGCAGGCAGGUGAUUUCAGGUGGUGAAGUGGCCUGUUCUAAUGCCAUGGAAAGCUGGGGCUGUGAAAGUCCCAGAGAGCAGAGGGCAUGUGCUCCCCAGGUCCACACAGUGCUACCUGGCCAUCUGAUCAUUCAAGAGAAGCCAGAAAUCCAAACUUUCACGUGAAAUUUCCAACAUUUAAAUGUUGCCAACUAAAUUUGGAUUAUAUAAUACCAUGUGGGGCGAACAAAAUGUGUGCAAGCCAAAUCGCGCCUGUGGUCAGCUUAUACUGCUGAGCCCAGCGUUCCUAUAGAAUUGCUCAUACUGUUGAUGGCUUCAACUUGUUUCUGUGGCUCUGAACCCCAUUGCACCAUUUUGGAAUGUUCGGCUUAAACCAUCAGUCCAGGGGAUACCCAGAGUUCUCACUGUCCUUUCUCUUUGGUCCCUGUCAUCCCUGGGUUCAGACACAAUUACAUAGCUAGUAUUGGUGGGAAUUCUGCCCUGGGCACCAUCAGAGAAAGAAAUCAAGACCCCAAAACUAAAAAGGCUUUGAGGCCCGGUCACAUUUUUAUUCCCUGGAACAAAAAGGCCCUUUUCUUUUCUCUCCUUUUCCAACUUCAAUGCUCAGUCUAAAAUCUGCACCUCUUUUUAUCAGGAAUGGGGAACACGCCCAGCUUCCAGCCAGAGGGUACCUGCCCACAGGCCUGUCUUGAGGAGAGUCUGCUCUCAGGCACCAGACAUGUACAGAAAGGACCAUCAGAGUGGCACUAGGGGCAGUCUCUUACAAAGUGGGGGCUCAAACAGCCAACAUCCCAAAGUCCAGUCCCAGGCCAGGAUUCGUCCCUGGAAGGUAUGUAGAGGCUAAAAGGAAUAAGAGGGGGCUCGAAGGUCUCCAAUCCUUCAUCCCUACAGCCAGUACUCCUCACACACAGAGUCCAGCCAGGGGACUUCCUCAGGUACAAGUGCAUAUUCACACAAGGAGCUGUUUUACCUCGAGCCAGUCAACGCCCAGAGCAGAGGGAGAAAGUGAUCACCAAGAUGGUUCAUCAAACCAAAGUUAUGCUUCAUGGACUACAGUGCCAAAGCUAAGGUAGGAGGGACAGAAACCAAGUUGACAUGGCAGGGACCUGGACAGGAAACCAUCGGGGACCCAAAAGAGGUACCAGAAAAACUGCCUGCAUUCUGUCUCCCCCACAGCCAGCACCAACCCAAAGUGUACAAAUCCGUUGUGCUGCCCUCUGGUUACCACCUUCCUUUUAAGAUAUUCAUUCUAGAUAUGCUUUUUCAGAGCACAGCCUCUUCCGAAACUAUUCCUUUCUGUGACAUAUUCCCAUUCUUUGGUGCCCUAAUCUAAAGCAAAGUGGUCUAAAAAUUAAAUUCAUGCCAAGGUCUGAUCGUUUGAUAAUUACCCCAAGGAAAAUCUACAUUCUAAAAGAGAAAGCCUAAGAUAUAUUUUACCUAGGUUAAUCCAAAGUGACCAACCUUCAAUGAAGGAAGGUAUCAAGCAAAGGCGAGUUGAAUAGAAGAGGUAUAUUGGUCUUACAAACAUGUGACUUCCUGGCUACUGCUUCAAUCUUCCCCUAGCAGCCAACACUAUUCCUCACAGACCCUAUUCUGUAUGGCGAGAGAGGUAACAAAAUCCCAGGCCUGGGAACAGCCAGUGCACCAUUGACCCCAAUGGCUGCACUAUUGCUCCUCCAGUUUUGCUCCUGAAGAGCAAUUUUAAGAAGAUAAAAACUCAGGGCCUGAGAAUAGCGUGAUCCUUACCAGAAUAAAGCGCCUGUCUCAACUAGGACCUAAUCCAAAACAAAAAAAAAGAAAAAGAAACCUGCAUUCUGUUCUAAGUGGAAACUGCUGGUGCUGUUUGGAACCAGCUGUAGGGGUGUUGUAGGUGAAGGCUGCUGGCCUCCUUGUCUCUGCGAGGCCACAAGUGUGUGCGCGAGUGCAUUUCCUUGGAUGAAGCAGCAUCCUGCUUCAAUGUCUCUACCGACCCUGUCACCAUGGAUGUGGCCAUUUUCCCUUAGUCUUCCCAACAAAAGAGGAAGCCUAUUUGAGAAGAAAGAGACACAGGCAGGAUUUUUUUUUUCGAUUUCUGCCAUUUUGUAGCUGUAUUAUUGUCACCCCUUAACCUCUCUGUACCUCAGUUUUCUGUCUACAAAUGAGAGCUGGCAUUUGCCACCAACCUAACUCCAGGGGUAUCAUAAGGAUUAAUGAGUGGGCUGCCAUGCCUGGAGCCUGAUGAGUGCUGCCACUCCCUGAGCAGGGAGGCUGGGACAAGGGGAAGGUGGGUGCUUUCCAUGUGACCCUCCCAGCCUGCCUUGCAGUUACGUGGUGAGAGUUUUUCAGGGUGGAAUAGACACUCGGGAGAUCAGUUUUCUCAGAGAAGACUCAAAACAGAAUCUUGACCUCAGAUGUUUCGUAGGAACCUCAGGCUCUUUGACCUUGAGAAAUGUCUGGGGACAUAUUGGCAAUUACUUUCCUCCUCUGGAAAAUGUCCCUUCGUGCCUCAUCUUAAGCUGCCACACAACUGCUGCCAGGUUCCAGUCGCAGGCAGCUGUGUGUCUGUGGAGGCCCUUACUCUAUGCAGCCGGGUCCCUCAGUCUCUGUGUUGAGGCAAAAAAUUAUGAUUGACUCAGGAUUACAAUCCCCCUGGGCUCCAUUAGGUACAGCUUUAAAUCCCACUCCUGGUCCUUCCCUUGUUAAACUAACCCCACAGGGCAUAUGGACCUAGCAAUAAAAAGAUGCAUCAGGCAGCAGGGCAACAAAAGAACCUCUCCCUCUGGAGGAAAAGGACCAAUAGCUUAAUAGCAGUUAUAACACCUUCAGCGGGAGAUCUGUGACCAGGAGGGACAAAGUCAGUCAAAGUUCAGUUAGACAGUUUCGAACCUGGCUCUGUAAUCCCCAUGUCUAGCAUUCGGGGCGUUAUAAAAAGGCCUAUCUGCUUUUCACCAUGACUUUGUCACUUGCCACACAGGUGAAGUACCCGACACAGAAUUAGACAAAUAUUUCUGAAGGUCACUGUGACCUGGGCAUCAGGUUUUCUCACAAAGAACAAUGAAGGUCAAGUCAGAAGUGUUAUUUGCCCUUUGUUGACUCUGGGGACCCCAAGAUGUCACUGACCUCUUCCAUAUGACAGUUUCCCCUCAGUUAAUUGGGGGUAACAAGUUCUGCCCCCCCUUCCCAAGAUAGAUCAAGUGACUCGAUAGCCAGGAAACACAAUGAGCAUACUAAAAUAAAUAAGUGGGGUUUCUUUUAACUCACUAAUUUGGAAACCAAAGGAAAAAGAAGAAGGCCUUAUCCAAAUUGGUCAGAAGUCUGUACUGUAAAAUGUUUACUGAAACAAUGACACUCACCACCUUCAAACAACUCAGACUGUUAACUACGAUACUGAUACACAAAGUGAGCCAAUAAGUAAAACAAAGGAAGUGAAUUAAAGAGGGAAAAAAGUCAACAUUUCUGUAGUCCUGAAUUCCUGAGAAUUAUAGUACAAAAAAAGACCGUCUUUAAUCUUGCAAGAAUUCAUUGCUGAAAGUGGUAAUGCUGGUACUCAGCUUACUGGGGCCCACGUGUAGAGAUGCACCAGCCCCUUAGGUGGUCUCUGACUCCUGGCAGCUGGGAGUCCAUGGAUCCUGAAAUUCCCUCUUGGACUCUUGGGUCCAAACCAUGUGGAAGGCCCUGAGUUCCUGAGGAGGGUCCUUUGGGCAUGCUGGGGUAAGAAAGAGUGUCCCACUCACCCAGCAUAUCUCCUCCUACUCCCCCUACCUCCUCCGGUCUCCUUCCCCUGACCCUGAAUUACCCUUCUAUGCAUAUUGUGUGCAAAUGAGUGCACCACCCAAAUUAGCAAAGUUUAGAUGAAAAAUGUUUUUGCCUGGUUGGAUGGAAACUUCUCUGAGCAUAAAUACAAUCUGUAAAAUGAAAUAAGUGUGUGACUAGAAGUGAUCGUGAAAUAGUCAGGAAAACUUUCUCUUCUUAUUAUUGGAUUCUAAUUAAAUAUGCAAUUGGGAAGGAAGAAAAAGGCAACAAAAUUCUGGGUUCAGCAGUUAGAUAAGAGGAAGGAAAGAUUUGUAUGAAAGACAAGGUACUCUCCACUGCCCUAGAUGCUGCAGCUCCCAAAGCAGGGAAGAGUGGUGCCCUGUCGUGGCAGUGACCAAGGUAGCAGUGAGAUAUACUGUAGACUCCAGCCCCAUUGCCCUCUGGAAGUUCUCCAGGGCAGACAAAGAGAAUUCUGGAAGAAUUCAUAAAGUUUCCUGGAGGGAAAAACAGAUGGUUCCAUUGCCUUUCUCAGCAAAUUUUUCCAUCUAUGAAAUAGGAUCAGUCAAGACUCAGCUAAGAAGCACAUUCAUAACAAACUUCCUGGGGAAAUCUCUGGCAAAGGAGAGAGCCAUUAUUAGGAUUGUGUCCUGAAUUCUCC